GGGAAACUGUUGUCCGAUGACGUGACUCAUUACGUUGUGCCUGACUGGAAGGUGGUCCAAGAUUACCUGGAAAUACUUGAAUUCCCUGAGCUGAAGGGUAUUGUGUUCAUGCAAACGGCAUGUCAAGCUAUGCAACAUCAGAGAGGCCGCAGGCAGUACAACAAGCUGCGAAAUCUGCUAAGGGACGCCCGUCACGAUUGCGUUAAGUUUUUCAAUGAGUUUCAAAUGCUUUCUUAUUUACCAAGAGAGAGAGGAGAGUCUUUGGAGAAGUGGCAGACGAGGAGUAUCUACAAUGCCUCAGUGUGGUAUUACAACCACUUCUCGUGUCAGAUGCCAAUUGUGAUGGUGACAGAUGACGAAGAUUCUAUCCAGCAACUGGGAAGUGAAACCGAAGGCGUCUUUGUAAUUUCAUUCAAGAAUUACCUGGACAACUUUUGGCCCGAUUUAAAAGCUGCUCAUGAGCUCUUCGAUUCCAUACUUCAGUCACGGCGCGAACGGGAGAGUGAAAGUCAAGAACACAGUAGGAAAGAAUACCCUGAACAUGUCCCCAUGGAAUCCUUGGCAGCCGGGAUCAAGUCAGGAAGAUACAUACAGGGAGUGCUGAAUGUCAACAAGCAUCGAGCGCAAGUGGAAGCUUUUGUGCGGCUGCAGGGAGCUGGCCACAAAGAGAAAGAUCUCAGAACUGACAUCCUGAUUCAUGGUGCCAAAGCUCGGAACAGGGCCAUCCACGGGGACAUCGUGGCAGUGGAAUUACUGCCCCAGAGUGAAUGGAAAGGACGGACGUCUGCCCUCUGUGAGAACGAGAGCGAAGAAAAGGCCUCUGGAGACGUUUGCAGUUUGCCGAUGCCGACAGGUAGAGUUGUUGGCAUCAUACAGAAGAACUGGAGGGAUUACGUGGCCACUUUCCCAUCCAAAGAAGAAAUCCAGUCUCAUGGGAAAGCUACCCAGAAGAUCCUUGUGACACCUUGGGAUUACAGGAUUCCCAAGAUCCGGAUCAGUACGCAGCAGGCUGAAGCCCUACAGGACUUCCGGGUUGUUGUGCGAAUUGACUCUUGGGAGAUGACGUCUGUGUACCCAAAUGGACACUUUGUGCGGGUCUUAGGGCGGAUAGGAGACCUCGAAGGAGAAAUUCAAACUAUCUUGGUGGAAAACAACAUUAACGUCAGCCCGUUCUCUGAAGCACAGAUGAGCGAGAUGCCAGCUGUGCUCCCAGAGAAGCCCUGGGAAGUGAGCCCAGAAGAGGAGCUGAAGCGGGUCGACCUCAGAGAAACACAUUUAGUGUUCAGCAUCGAUCCAAAAGGCUGCGAAGACGUGGAUGACGCGCUGUCCAUCAGAACGCUGGCAAACGGGAACCUGGAACUGGGGGUCCACAUUGCAGACGUCACUCAUUUCGUGGCUGCAAAUUCAUACACAGAUCUCGAGGCACGAGCCCGGGCCACCACUUACUACUUAGCUGACCGUCGCUACGACAUGUUACCCGCAGUCCUCAGCGCCAAUUUAUGCUCCCUCCUUGGCCUCGUUGACAGGUAUGCUGUGAGCGUGAUGUGGGAACUCGAUAAAACCUCUUACGAAAUAAAAAAGUUUUGGUACACCAGAAGCAUUCUCCGCUCUUCUUACAAACUCUUCUACGAGGCCGCCCAGGCGCUGCUCGACGGGGACCCGGCCCCCGCAGCCGAAAUCCCCGAGCUCCAAGACCUGGAUGAAAAUGCAAAGAAACGAAAGCUGGACGAGCUGAUCUGGGCCAUCGGGAAGUUGACGGACGUCGCCCGCCACAUCCGAGCCCAGCGAGACAUCUGUGGUGCUCUGGAGCUGGAGGGGGUCGAGGUCCGGGUGCAACUGGAUGACAAGAAGAACAUAGACGACCUAAUUCCUCGGCAGCCGCUGGAGGUUCACGAGACGAUAGCCGAGUGCAUGAUCCUCGCCAACCAUUGGGUGGCGAAGAAGAUCUGGGAGAGCUUCCCCUACCAAGCUCUCCUGCGCCGGCAUCCGCCACCACGGCAGGAGUUUUUUGCAGAGCUCCAAGAAUGCGCUAGUGCAAAAGGUUUCACAAUCGAUACGCGGUCUAACAAGGCACUGGCGGACUCCUUAGACAGAGCUGUCGACCCCUCCGACCCUCUUGUGAAUAAGCUGCUGCGCUCGAUGGCCACCCAGGCCAUGUCCAACGCCCUGUAUUUCUCGACGGGGUCCAGUCCUGAGGAAGAGUUCGCUCACUAUGGUCUUGCCCUGGAUAGAUACACCCACUUCACUUCACCCAUUCGAAGAUAUGCCGACAUCAUAGUCCACCGUCUGCUGUUUGCAGCUGCUUCGAAAGAGGACAAAUCAGGCGCCAAGGAGAAUUUACUUGGCAACCAAGAACUUGAGGAACUGUGUAAUCACAUCAAUAACAGAAACAGGGCUGCCCAGCAUGCCCAGAAACAGUCAACGGAGCUUUUCCAGUGCAUGUACUUCAAAGACAAGGACCCGGAAAGAGAUGAGCUUUGCACUUCCAAUGGGGUUAUCUACUCAAUAAGGACAAAUGGGGUGCUCGUCUUCGUGCCCAGGUAUGGAAUUAAGGCAGCCGCCUACCUGAAAAACAAGGAGGGCUUGGUCCUCUCUUGCCGAACUGACAAGACCUGCAGCUGGAGUCCAGGCUGCCUCCAGCGGUUUCCCGACAGGAUUGGCUCCAUUCCCACAGUUGGCUUGCCGGUUACCCUGAAGCUCUUUGACCACGUGACAGUACAAAUAUCUGUGCAGGGUUCCCGGUGCCACGCUUUUACCAUCCGGCUUCAAAUCACAAACUGUGAGCCCUACAAGACAUCAGAACUGGAACCGACACAGAGUCACCAGGUCUCUAAAACGGAUUUGGUAAGGGAAGUGACGAAGACCGCAGAGGAAGCCCAGCUGGCGCAAGACAAGGCCAAAGCAAAGCCAGUAGAGGAAGAAUACGAACAGUACUGCCAAACCAAGGGCACCAGCCUGUAUUGCUUACUGGAGGAAAUCAAGGACUUGGCUUUAUUGGAUGUCUCUGCGGACAGUGGAGCAUGAAAUCUCCACCCACCAUUGUUUUGUAGGACUCUCCAACUGGCUUUUUGGUUUAGAAAUAACAGGGUGUGGAUAGUUUCUUUUAAAAGUGCUAGCGGGCUGGGCUCAACUUGUUGUGGUAUUCAUGGCAUCUGAUAACAUGUUAAGAUCUUGCUUUUAAACUCAUUUGUAGCAGUUAAUGUACAUUUUAAAGUAACUCAGGGAGUCUGUUUCCUACACUGAAGGUGAUCUCAUUCCAUUGGCUUAAGUAAUUCUUAAAAAUCUGCUGUCUUUACCACACCAGACUAUUUAUAUCUGUAUCUAUUUUACUGAACUGUUUAAAAACAUCUUACAUCAGCCUGCUUUGGAUCAAACAUUUGAGCAUUCACAGUGCGUUCCAUCUCCUUGACAAACGGACUGUAAAGUUCUACAAAGUGCCCGGCAAGCUUAAGAAAUCACAUUAAAGUAAAACAACGCAAUGAA